GACUGUUUUAACACAAUGAAGGGACAUAAUGGAAGUCGUAGCCAGUCACAGCACUCGUCUGGGCACACUUGCCACUGUAUGCCUGAGGAUUGUGACCCUUCCCAUGAUUAUUUACAUCACAGUCAAGACCCUAGGCAAUCUUACAUGCUUAGUCCGACAGAUUCCUGUUCGAUGGACCAUCACUACUGCAUGUCCAGGAGUACCAUGCCGUCCGAAUGUCCUGCAGUAUCGAUGAGCAUGACUGAGCAGAUGUCCUCCAGCAGUACAUUCCCCAGGAUGCACCAUAACCCGCAGUAUGAGUCUUGCGAUGACUGCAUGGCUGCCACCCACACUUCCAGCAAGAUCAAUCGACUACCUGCCAACCUGCUGGACCAGUUUGAGAAGCAGUUGCCUCUCCAUCACGAUGGGUUCCACACACUUCAGUACCAACGGGCAAGUUCGGCUGAGCAGCGGAGUGAGAGUCCCAGCAGGAUACGGCACCUGGUGCACUCUGUGCAGAAGCUUUUUGCCAAGUCUCACUCCCUGGAAGCCCCUUCAAAGGGAAAUGUGAAUGGUACAAAGAUGGAGGGAAGAGGUGGGGAAAGCCAUCAUCACCAUCAGCACCACCACCAGCACCACCACCAAUCUAGGUCAACGAAGAGGAGCAAAAGCAAGGAGCGCAAAUCUGAAUCUAAGCACAGAGCCAAGAUCACAGGAUGGUGGAGCUCAGACGACAACCUCGACAGUGACAGUAGUUAUAUGAUGGCCACUGGGGCCAGUAGGCACUCUAUGGAACAGGCCAGCCAAUACUGUACAGAACCCAUCGAAAGUGCCUGCAGAGAUCUGACCCUCAAGAGUUUAAAAAGUAGCAGCGAAGGGAAAUGUUCGGCCUGUGCGGCUAUGCCAAUGUUGACUGAUUCACAACACAUGAAAAGAAGCAUGUGGUCCACCAUGACGGUAAACCAGGCCAGAGAGGCCUAUCCUAGCUCAGGUCUGGGCCAAGAUAAACCUUUAAUGCUUCAGGACAAGGCACAAGAAAGGGCUUACCAUUAUCUUCAGGUGCCCCAGGAUGAAUGGGGUGGUGGCUAUCCAGGAGUGAACAAGGAUGGUGAAAUCCCUUGUCGGAGAAUGCGCAGUGGCAGCUACAUCAAAGCAAUGGGCGAUGACGAAAGUGGAGACUCUGACGCAAGCCCGAAAAUGUCACCCAAAGGAGCUUCUCGGCAUGAGACCUAUCCAAAGCUGUCGGGUGCGGGAGGCAGCAGUGAGCCGGGUCGCUCAAAAAAUUAUAAGAAGAAAAAGUUGAGACAAAGUUCAAGUUUUGUUCCUUCCUCCACUCCUGUGGUUAUGUGGCCGAAGCCACCCCUGAGGCUGCCAAAGAUUGGCGAGGCUGAUCAGAACAGACAGUUCGAAGUGGUGUGUGAGUCAGUCUUUGGAGAAAUGGAAUCUCAAGCUGUGGAGGCUCUCGACCUGCCUGGCUGUUUCCGAAUGCGAAGUCAUAGCUAUCUGCGUGCCAUUCAAGCUGGAUGCUCACAGGAUGAUGACUGCUUGUCUGUAUUUUCUAUGUCAGCACCCAUGAUGCCUGCCACGAGUGUCGGUGCUAUUAAAUCCAGCACUUCAUUUAGCUACAAGAAAGCUCCUCCAGUUCCUCCUCGGAUGGCCACAAAGCCAAUCAUCUCCGUGACAGCCCAGAGCAGCACAGAGUCAACCCAGGAUGCAUACCUGCAGAAUGAGGUCCAUCGGUCCACCUCCUGGUCAAAAGAUCUUAAAUCCCAGUGCAAUUCAACAGACAGUAUUGACAGUGGCAAAGCAAUGCACCUGGCACUGGAGUCCCGUGCCCCAAGUCGUUCUUCAAUAAAGAGCUCCAAUGGAACUGGAAUUAGUAAAGGCAUUCUGAAUCGUGAUGAACCAAAGCUACAGCCACGCCAAAGAAAGUGGCGUUCAUCUGUUGGGAUACAGGUGGAUAGUUCAGAGACUAUGACUGAUUCUGACACAGAUAGUAAAGGCCUUCGGGAGUUCCAUUCUAUUGGAGUGCAGGUUGAAGAUAAUAAACGGCAUGCCAGGUUUAAGCGUUCAAACAGUGUGACAACAAGUGUUCAGGCGGACCUUGAAUUGGAGGGCAUUCCUGGUCUGUGCGUGAGCACAGAGGACAAAGGCUUUCAGUUUGGCCAGUCAUUCGAGCGGCAUUCCUCAGAGCCAGAACAAUCCAAUGAGUACACUUCAUUCAGAACUGUUCACACACAAGGACAAUGGGCGUACAAAGAGGAUUACCGAAUGCGCUAUGAUAGUGCAGACGCCCAGCGCCAGGACCACUGGGGAGAGGCCAGUGUUCACAGCCUCCCGGAUCCUGGCAGAAUAUCUCCAUGCCACAGAGAUGGUGACUGGUUUAUCAAGUUACUGCAGGCAGAAGUGGAACGAUUAGAAGGAUGGUGUCAGCAGAUGGAGAGAGAAGCUGAGGAGAAUGACCUACCUGAAGAGGUACUUGAGAAGAUUCGCAGCGCAGUAGGCAGUGCCCAGCUUCUCAUGUCACAGAAGUUCCAACAGUUUUACCGACUAUGCCAGCAGAAUAUGGAUCCGAAUGCUUUUCCUUUGCCUACGUCCCAGGAUCUUGCAGGAUUCUGGGAUCUCUUGCAGCUGUCGGUUGAAGAUGUGACUUUGAAGUUUGAUGAGCUUUUGCAGAUAAAAGCCAAUAAUUGGAAAUUGCUAGAAGCUUCAGACAGAAAGGAUGAAGUGAAGAUCCCCCCUCCUAUACCAAAGAAACCGUCGAAGGCAAGGUUACCUGCAGCGCGGGAGAAAUCAUUGGAACUUGCAGACAGACGCAGGCAGGAAGCAAGAAAACGACUAAUGGCUGCCAAGCGAGCAGCUUCAUAUCGGCAAAACUCUGCCACAGAAAGUGCAGAUAGCAUCGAAAUCUACAUCCCUGAAGCCCAAACGAGGCUUUGAAAUUGCACAGUGCCAUUUGGCAGGAACAUUGUCUUUAACUUCAACUUUACUUCUUAUGUACAAGGGAUGACAAAGCCAGGCCAAGGGCAUAUUUGAAUCCUGCUGUCUGGUCUCAGCACUAGCAAGCAUUAACAUUCCUCUUGUGUUCUUUUAUGUUGUCACGGUGGACCAAUUAUAUUUUCUUCUGUUUUUAAAUGAAGCUGCAGUCUAAUAUAUUUUGUGCACAAAUUCUUUAUAAUGCAUCUGAGUGAAAGAACGACAUGAAGAGAGUUCUGGUCUGACUCAAGAAGCAUGCUGCUGUAAGCACCCCGCUGUCAUUUGUACUCAUUUUUUAACUUUUGUUUCAUUAGGAAACUGCACUUCACCAGGACAAAAUGCCAGACCUAUGAGUCCGUGAAAGUUUCAUCCUUCAAUUUCACUGGAAUUAUCUUUCCAAUCUGAUACUUACCAGUGGCUUAUUCUUGAUGUGAUACAUUUUAUUGAGGCAUUGUGACUGUUGUUAAAUUUGUCACUGGUCUUAGAAAGUAGAUUUUUUGUUUGAAUAGAAUAAGAUUUACACACAAAACUGUGAGAAUUCCAAAAAUCUGAACCUGCAAGGGAAAUGGUCUAGAAAGUGCUGAGUUCAGUCAGCAUUUGAAAUUAUUCGACUCCCCAGCGAUUUCAAGUUGUCCAUUACAAUGAACCAUUGGUACUGGGAAUUGGGCGGUGCAAUUAAUGUAUCCCUUUCCUAUGGGGACAUGGAUACAGCCAAGCUGAACAGGAUGAAACACUCCCCUCAACAUCCCCAACCUGUCCUUCUGUACAAAAGAAUGUGGUAUUACUGACACAAAUACACAAGCAGAACAACAGAAGUGCCAAAUGUAAAAAGUAUCUCCUCUCUCUCUCUCUUUCUGUAUGUCUGUCUGUCUCUUUCUGAAAUGGCUGUAAGAGGCCUACAUAGAAUAAGUUUUAUACAGCGUGGUUGGGUUUUCAGUAAGCAGGACCCACAGUACAAAACCUUGCCCAUACCAUGGCAUUCACAUCUGCUUAAGUAGAAUUCUGAGUUGGUGUGAAAAGGAAAACAUUGCUGUAGUGCAUCUGGGUACGCCCUUCAGUGGUCACGAUUCAGACCAGUUGUUGGAAGGAUGUCGAGGGAGGCUUGUGUUCCAACUUCCUGUUUGUGUAUUUAACCUGGGGACUGAAUAAUACUGACAGUGAGUGGAAACAAAGAGGAAAUAUAUUCACUUCUGUCACAUUGGCCAUUGCUCAUCCCAAGUGCACAAAUCAACAAUAGCUAAUGUCACUUUUGAAAAAUAGUAUCACCCCCAAAUUUGCUGGUGAAACCCACAGGACACUGGACAGUAGCACUGAGAAUUAAAAAUGAGGAAUUAUUGGUUUGUGAAAUUGGGAAAAGGAAAUAUACCAAAAGGCAUUGGGAAAAUUAUUGAGUGCAAGCGCUCAAACCAUGAAAGAAUUGAUCAGAGGUCCAAACUGCUGAAGGAACAAUGUAUUCAUGGGAACUGGUGGCAAGAACACUUGCAGCUAAAGAGAUUGUAAAAACUUUUUAAGUUGUGUUUGCAUGGUAAGGUAGCACUGACUUGCUGGGAUGCGUUAACACGAAAAAUGUCUAAUAUGCAAUAGGCUAUGUAAUGGCAAGACAAAUGGGCUACAUUCAACGGGAACGAUUGCACAGUAUUUGGUGACCCUACAAUAACAAGAGGAUUAUGGUAUUAACCAGCAUGAUAAGCAGGUUGCAUUCAUACAUUGUAAAUUCCAAUUCUAGAAGGCAAGUCAUGGGAGGCGUGGUGGCAGAGAAUUUGCAAGGGUCCUUAUCACUGAGACUGCUACAAUUUUAACAAGAUAAUAUUCCUAUUUGGUGGUUAUCACUGCGACAAAGAUUCAUAUCAGUGAAACUGAUUUAUAUUAAAGUCUUUCAGAGAACAGUGCAAGUCUUGUCUGUAUUAGAGACCUUCAGUUGAUGUUUCUUCUCUUCUGACUGCUGUUUUUG